AUGGAGAAGAUGAGAAGCUUUAUGGAAGUGCUUCCACUAAGUUUGAUGACAUUCUUCGACGAAUGGGAAGUCAGGGUGUCCAUCAUCCUCAGCCUCGUCUUGCAGAUUUUGCUGAUCACUCUGGGUGGUCGCAGGAAAUAUAUAUGCAGACUUUGGAUCCGAUUCAUUCUCUGGUCUGCUUACUUAUUGGCAGAUUGGGUGGCUGUCGUCUCGCUUGGCAUUAUCUCGAAGAACACCCUUGAUAAGUGCCACAACAAGAUUAAUGAUGAACCCGGGAUUGAACUGAGGUGGUUCUGGGCUCAGUUCUUUCUGCUGCAUUUAGGCGGCCCCGACACCAUCACAGCGUACUCUCUUGAAGACAAUGAGCUGUGGCUGAGACAUUUGGUGGGGAUGGUGAUUCAAACUGGCCUUGCUUUCUAUGUACUACUUGUUGCUUCCCCCGGCUCGGAUUUGCUUCCCUCUUUGAGUGCCCUCAUCUUUAUAGCGGGUGGAAUUAAGUACGGAGAGCGUUUGUCCACGCUCUGUGCAGCCAAUAGUGAGAAUUUCCGUGACUCUAUGCUCCCAGAGCCUGAUCCGGGGCCCAACUACGCGAAAUUCAUGGGGGAAUACGCGUUGAAGGAGGCUGAAGGGUUCAGUGUUAGUGUGGAUGAGGUUGAAGAAAGACAUGUUCCUGCUCAGCACAAUUUCCCCAAUGAACCAGGUGUACGAGAAGCUUAUGACCUAUUCUUGACGUUUAAGCGCCUCUUUGCUGACACAAUCUUGAGCUUUCAAGAUCGUGACAGAAGCACAUCCUACUUCAUGACGCUGUCGGGGGAGAAAGCUUUUGAGGUUGUUGAGAUUGAGCUUGGAUUCAUGUUUGAUGAGCUCUACACGAAAGCAUCCACAGUCUACAAUCUCACGGGAUGUUUCCUUAAGAUGAUUACUUUCUCGCUCAUGCUCAUUGCAUGGAUGGUGUUCAUCUUCGUGUGCGAUAAAGCCAAGUACAAGGUGUUGGACUUGGUGAUCACUCACUUGUUGCUUGGGGUGGCUGUCUUCUUAGAGAUAUACGCUGUUAGUGCUCUCGUGAACUCAGAUUGGACGCGUAGGCUCAGGAAGCCAGUCAAGAAGAGAUGGUCGGAGAAAGCUGCUCAACACAAUCUACUUGAUCUUUGUGUCGGAAACAAAUUUGCAGUGUGCCUAGAAUGGCACAAGUCGUUUGUCGACGUCUCCAUAGAUCUGAAAAAGCUAAUAUUCGAGGAGUUGAAGAGCUACACAAAUUGCUCUGCUGCUGCUAUGUGGAAUAGAAGGGGAAGUUUCACUCUUAAAAAGUAUCCCUCCCUCCGUCUUGGUGAGAUGAAAGAGAUAGAAUUUGACCAGAGGAUCCUCCUCUGGCACAUCGCUACGGACCUCUGCUAUUCGCUGGAACCACCCGACAACGAAAGCAGGGAGGCUGAACUUGCAGGCCACAGCAAGCACAUAUCUGAAUACAUGCUGUAUCUCCUCAUUGUCUACCCUUUCAUGCUGCCAAUGGGGAUCGGGAUGAUAAGGUUCCGGGACACGUGUGCUGAGGCAAGAGUGUUUUUUAGAGAGAGGGGCGCGAUGAUAUCCAAGAAAGACAAGGCGUGCAAGAAGCUGCUGGAGGUGACCACCCAAGUGCCACCGGCUAAAGUGAAGGGCGACCGGAGCAAAACCGUGCUGUUCGAUGCUUGUGAACUGGCUAAGUCUCUCUUAGAUGUGAAGAUACAGUCGCAGAGGUGGGAGAUUAUAAGCAAAGUGUGGGUGGAGAUGCUGGCUCAUGCCGCCACAAAUUGCAGCGCCAACCACCACGCCCACCAGCUGCGGAAGGGGGGAGAACUGCUAAGCCAUGUAUGGCUUCUCAUGGCACAUUUAGGCAUCACUGAGCAGUUCCAGAUAUCUCAAGGUCAUGCUAGAGCUAAAAUGAGGGCACGUUAG